UUUAUAAGUUUUAACAGUUUAAUGAAAAACUAAAUACAUAUACUUACCCCCUUUAGACUCAAUCUUAGGGAGAGCAUACAGCUGUGUGUGGAAAAUAAACAACUGUCAAGCUUUUCAAGUAUCAUAACAGACCUUGGUGCCGUUUUCUUUUGCGGUCUCGCGAAAGCUUUUAUUAAGUUUAGGGCACAACGUCGCGCGUGUGUUGGUAGCGAGCCCUAAUUCUCAACCCCCAACCAUUUUGAAGCUUCUUCAUUGGCAAUUUGGAUGACGAAACACAGUCGCGAGCAGCAGCAGCUAAAGUUAAGAGUCGCUAAGGAAAAAAAUCCAUAAAUUGAUUGUGCGCCAAGGUGUAAACAACAAUAGAAGCUAACUCAAGGAAAAACCCCGGAAAAAUCAUGCUGCCCGCGAUCCGAACGGGUGUCAAGUGGAGCUGUCGCCAGAGCUGGGACAUGCUAAUGUCGCCCGUCACCCCACGUAACUUGCGGACCACAGCGCUGUUGACGAGCAUCUACCAGCUGCUCAUUGCGCACUCGAUAUUGUUUGUUGUGCUGCUCUGCCUGGCGCAUGCGGAGCAAAUGCGGAAUCUGCUCGACAUGGAUAUAUUGGAUCAGAAGGAUAGCGGAUUCUACAACAUGUCGCCAUUUCACAACGAUAUGCGUUUGAAGACGGCUGCUCAACUGGCAGAUGCUACCGAAAAUGCACUCUACGUAUUAUCUGGUAUUGCCAGCGUCUAUGCAUUGAGUGCUAUAGCCCUAUUCUUUGGCGUGUUCAAAAAUAAACCAAGUUUGAUAAUACCCUGGCUGGUAAUUGAAUUUCUAGGCGCAAUAGCUGUGGCUGUUAUUAUAUUCAUGCUAAAAGAUACGAAAUUACCGAUACUAUUUGGCGGACAAUGCGCGUACUUAAUCAUCUGCUAUACAAUGCUCCUAUUGGAUGGUGUCAAAUGGUAUGUCAUGCAUAGUUUCUAUCAAAGUCUACGCACAAUGAAUAAACUGCGAGAGAUUGCAACUGUAGCAAUACCCUGCCCAGCACCAGGCGCUAUACCCUAUCAGUUUCGCAGAGAGCAUAUGUACUUGGGUAGCAAUGGCUAUAAGCAUAUACUGACUGAAUCACCGGAUGGACAAUGUUAAAUAACGUUACAAAAGACCAGAAAAAACUUCGGCAACAUAAGAAUUAAUCAUGCACACCACCCCUCCCUAUCAAUGCAUCGAAACUUCCAGCAUCAAGUGUCUUAAUAAUUUUUGCAAUCUCAUUUUAUUCCUAUUUUGAGCGUUUUUUGGAACGUGUGUGAUAUGGUAAAACAGAGAUAACUAUUUUAGAUAGCGAAUGCAACGAGAAGGAUAUAUAAAUAGACAUAUUCUUAUGGCAAUAUAUACACAUACAUACAUACAUGAUUAAAACACUAGCAAUAUAUAUUACAGUAUGUUAGAUACACACUAACUAUUUUCAAUGUAGUGCUUGAAAAAUCUCACUUAAAUCUUUACUCCCGUUUAGUAACUGUAAACAAUUUUACUUAA